ACCCAGUGGAGGGGAGUGUGCUCUGGAUGACUAUAUAAAUGGACAUGAGGCUCAGGAGGUAAAUUUCCAGCUCCCUGAACCCAGCUGGACUGGCAGAAGAAGGUGACAGCAAAGCAAAGCAGAGGACAGAGAGGACUCCUGACUGUCCACCCAGCAAGAGCAUGGCUGAAGUGCUGCAGUUGGAGACAUGGGACCUGGAAUGUGAGCACAACAAUCUGGACCACAGGACCUCUGAGGCCGGAUGCCAGCAGCUCAUUGUGCGCCGCGGCCAGUCUUUCAUUGUUACCCUGCACUUCGCCGGAAGGCCCUACGAUGAAGCGGUGGACAAGCUCACCUUCAACGUUGAGACAGGGCCUUGCCCCAUUGAGACAUCAGGGACCAGGUCUUCUUUCCCUCUCACUUGCUCCCUGGAAGAAACAACAUGGAGCUCAGCAGUGGAAGGCCAAGAUGGAUCCUCCGUGACAAUGUUCAUCUUCUCUCCUCCGGACGCCCGAAUUGGCCGGUACCACCUCACCAUGGAGGCCUCCACAGAAGGCCAAGGCUCCAGCUAUGACUUGGGGGAAUUCAUCCUGCUCUUUAAUCCUUGGUGUCCAGAUGAUUCCGUCUUCAUGGAAAGCGAAGAGGCCCGCGUCGAGUAUGUGUUGACUCAGCAUGGCCACAUCUACCAGGGGUCCAAGGACUACAUCUAUUCCAUUCCCUGGAACUUUGGGCAGUUUGAAGAAGGGAUUGUGGACAUCUGUCUGCAGCUGCUGGACACCAACCCCAAGUUCCUCCGUAACCAAGACAAGGACUGCUCCCGCCGCAACAGCCCCGUCUACGUCAGCAGAGUGGUGAGCGCCAUGGUGAACUGCAAUGAUGACCAAGGCAUCCUCUUUGGACGAUGGGACAACCAGUAUGACGACGGGGUGAGCCCCAUGGCCUGGGCCGGAAGUGUGGACAUCCUGCAGAGGUGGCAGAAGUUUGGAUGCCAACCCGUCCGUUACGGACAAUGCUGGGUCUUUGCAGCCGUGGCUUGCUCAGUGCUCAGGGCCCUGGGCAUCCCCAGCCGAGUGGUCACCAACUACAACUCUGCCCACGACACCAACGGCAACCUGAUCAUAGAGCAGUAUCUGGACCAGAACGGAAAACUGCAGCAGGGGAACCGGGAACUCAUCUGGAAUUAUCACUGCUGGGUUGAAUCUUGGAUGGGCCGCCCAGAUCUUCCGGAAGGAUAUGAUGGAUGGCAGGUUUUGGACCCAACGCCCCAAGAGAAAAGUGAAGGUGUUUACUGCUGCGGCCCUUCACCUGUCAAAGCCGUCAAGGAGGGAGACCUGCAGCUCAAGUACGACGUCCGGUUUGUCUUUGCCGAGGUCAAUGCGGACGUGGCGUAUCUGAUGCUCCAGAGUGACAUGUCCCGCAGAAAGACCACGUACGCCACCGUCGUGGGCAAGAACAUCAGCACCAAGAGCGUGGGCAGGGACACCAAAGAGGACAUCACCCACCACUACAAGUACCAGGAAGACUCAGAGGAAGAAAGAGCCGUGUUCGAAAAGGCCCAACUCCAAAAGAGCCCGCCUCCAGCAGAGGAAGGCCUGAAAGUCAAAAUCAAAGCGUCGGAAGGCAUGGACAACGGCUGUGACUUUGACGUCUUUGCUCUCCUGACCAACAACACACCGGAGGAACACCGCUGUCGCCUGAUGUUUGGUGCACGAACGAUCAGCUACAACGGGGCGCUGGGACCUGAGUGCGGAUCCAAAGACCUUCUGAAUGUCAUCCUGGAGCCAUACGCAGAGAAGACGGUCCCCUUGCGCCUCCUCUAUGAGAAUUAUGGUCACUGCCUGACGCAGGACAACAUGAUCAAGGUGAUGGCCCUCCUUAUGGACCAUGACACCCAAGAGAUUGUCGUUGGCGUCCGGAACAUCUACGUCAAGAACCCGGAUAUCAAAGUCAGGAUCCUGGGGGAGCCCAUGCAGAAGCGGAAGAUGGUGGCUGAGCUGACGCUGACCAACCCGCUCCCGGUCCCACUGAGCGGCUGCGUCUUCACCAUGGAAGGAGCCGGACUCACGGAUGGACAGAAGAUCCAGGAGCUUGAAUCCCCCAUCGGUCCGGGAGAGGAGGCCAAAGCCCGGGUGGACUUUGCACCCCGACAGUCCGGUCUGCGGAAGCUGGUGGUGGACUUCGAAAGCGACAACCUGAAGGGGGUGAAGGGCUACCGGAAUGUCAUCAUUGCCCCUCUGCCCAAGUGAAGCCAAUGACCAUGAAGGGAAGAGGGCUCCUUCUUCAUUUGCCCCACCUGAAUCCUUUGCAGUGAGCCUUGCAUUCAGCAAAAGGGGAAGAUCCCAGGAGCAAAGGAGACCUGGAAGAAGCGCUUAAGACAUGGACGCUUGAAGCCCAAACCAAUAUGGGUAACAUUGAAAGCCACCAAUCUCCUCUGCUGUGAAAUUCUUAUUCUUUCUGGUGUUCACUUAGAAAUGGAAGCCGGUGGCUCCUUUGUAGGGUCUUCCAAAAUUUCUUUCUCAUAGAUGAAACAAAAACCACAUUUGUCUCCCCGCUGCAAGAAACUCCUGAAAUACGGCACAGUUUUCAAAGACUGUUUGGCAUGAAAAAUGUGCCUUUGUGCACAGAAAAUUGUGUUUUCUGUACAGAAAAGCAUGAAAAAUUGCUUUCUGCACAAGAAAGGCUUUUUUUUCCUGCACAAAAAUGCCCAAAUGCAUAAUUUCAUGUUGCAUAGGUCCUGAAUGUGACAGUUUUCAUCCAACCAUGAUUCUUCUUGUCAAGAUUUCCCCAACACUCAGGAAAACAAUUUUUCGUCUGUUGUUCAAAUACUUUUGCAAAUUCUUCCAAUCCCUAUUAGAUUGUAUGUAACGGCCUCUAUUUAGACCUGCAGAGAUGAGGCAAAAUCUAGGACUAUUCCAAAGUACAAGAGGGUUGGAGGACAUGUGAUUUUCGAGGGCUCCUCCAGGUCUUUGCUAUUUUAACCCUACAAGUUCCACCUUCCCUUCUCCGGUGUUAGUUUUCUGUUUUCAGGGAAAUGGUUUGCAUGGGAAAUGUAUGUAUUUGUGAAAUAUUUUCCCUGUGUCCAAAUUUCCCAAAGCAUUCUAGUAGAUUAUAUUUUUCUGUGCAGAAAAACACAUGGCUUUCAUUUGGGGGGAAAUUCCUGAGCGGAAAGAAAUGUUUCCUGCACCGGAAAAAACAAAAAGACAAAACACUGUUUCCUGCUGCGUUUUCUAUGCAGAAAAUGUGGUUUCUGCAUGAAAAAUAAAUAAAACCAAAUCAGUGUUUCUCUGCCUGGAAAAAUUCUCCAGAACAUUCAAAUACAGGUUGAGUCUCCCUUUUCCAAAAUGCUUGGGACCAGAAGUGCUUCAGAUUUUGGCUUUUGGGGGGAUUUUCUAAUAUAGGCCUCUCCAUAAGGAGAAAUCUUGGAGAUGGGAUCCAAGGCUAAACACAAAAUUCAUUUAUGUUUUGUUUGCACCUUAUGCAUUCAUUUUCUGUUUCCUAUACACCUUCUAGACGUAGACUGAAGGUAAUUUAUUACACAAUUUUCAAAAAUAAUGUUGUGCAUGAAACAAAGUUUGUGUUCACUGAACCAUCAGGAAGCAAAGGUGCCAUUUGUGCGAACAGUGUGGGAUUUGGGAAUAUUUCAGAUGUUGGUAUUCUGGAUAAGGGAGACUCAGCUUGUGAUGGGAGAGAACUGUGCAAAUGCCUUGCUGGUUUAUUAUUAUUCCUGGUGGGAUUUCAGUUUAGGAAAUGAAAUGAGCAAUAACCCAUAUGCUUUCUCUCCCCAGCUUAGCAUGCCAUUUCCCCCCCAACGCAGCAUGCAAAAGUCACCACAAACCAUGCAUUUGGGAGACCACGCUCACCUUAAAGCAGCUGUGGGAAUUGUGCAGCCCUCCAGAUGUAUUUGGACUGCAACUCCCAGCAUUCUGCACCAUUGGCUUUGCAAGAGUAACAGUGGCUGCUCCAUACAAACUGGACUUUUGGAAGGACACUGAACUUGCCAUGCCAUCCAGCUUAUGCUCUUCAAGAAAGAGAUUCAGGUGGAUGAAUCCGUUCCGGGUUGUAAUCAGAACUUUAAGAGAGCUGCCCUCUUUUGCUGUCCAUUUCUAUUUUUAUUGUGUAUUAAAGGUGCUUCCUUGUUGUUGUUGUUGUUGUUGUUGCUGUUGACUGCCUUCAAGUCGUUUCCGACUUAUGGCCAUAAGUCUUGUCACAAAGUUUUCUUGGCAGGUUUCUUCAGAGGGGUUCUGCCAUUGCCAUCCUCUGUUUUAUAUUAUUGCUUUAUACUGUUUUAACUUUGUGUUUUUAAAUGGAUUUUUUAAAACAAAAAACAACUUUUGUAUUAAUAAGGGCUUUUUUCAAAAUAGCUGUCCUGUCUUUUAAUGCCUGGUGAGCCUCCUUCCGGUGGGAGAAAGGCACAACAGAAGUGAAUGAAGUACGCCAUGAAUAAUUGCCCAGGCUGCUGAACUCUCCAUGUUGGGAGGAUGGGGGGAGAAAAAGCAAUAGAUAAAUAACAAGUAAAAUCAAAUAAUGAGUACAUCUGAUCCCCAAGAGAUGUAGCUCAGCACCAUGCCUAGUUCUCUUUAAAGUUCGGACUGUAACCCAAAGUGGCCAGUAUGGAAGCCAACCACCAGCCCUGGUCUUCUUACUGUGAAGUGUAAAGACCUUUAGCCUUGGUUUGUCUCUGGUUCACGUCGCUUCAAUGUAGUGUUGCCAAGUUUUCAAAAUAUGCAGGAUUGUCACUCUGAACAAAUUUGUGUUCUGCCUAAACACUGAAUGAAAGUGUUGCUUUCAGUUAACCUUGUUGUUGCGUGCCUUCAAGUCAUUUCCGACUUAUGGCAACCCUAAGGCAAACCUAUUGUGGGGUUUUCUUGCCAAGAUUUGUCCAGAGUGGGUUCACCUUUGCCUUCCCCUGAGGCUGAGAGAGUGUGACUUGCUCAUGGCCACUCACUGGACCUCCAUGGCUAGCAGAGACCCCAAGGUUAAUCUGGUCCAACCCCAUUCUGCCAUGCAGGAAGACGCAGUCAAAGCCCUUCUUUGUGACAGAUGAUCAUCAAGCCUCUGUUCGAAAACAGGCUCCAAAGAAGGAGACUCCAUCGCUGUCCAAGGCAAGGAAUUCCACUGUCAAACAGCUCCAAGGCAGUGAUGUAUACAACUGUAAACCACUGUUGAACUGCUCUUAUAUUCAGGAAUUCUCCUAUAUUGAGCUGGAAUCUCUUUUCCUGCAGGCUUGCAUCCAUUGCUCCGCUGG